AUGGAUGAGGUACUGCUGGCGGCAGACCCGUCUAUUGGUUUUCCAUUGGGAUCAACAGUGCUUGACGCCAUUGGUUAUGCCGACGAUCUUGUUCCUUUUGCAGAGGACAAUAGAGGCUUGUCUGCAAAACUGACUGCCACCGAUGCCGCUCUGGCUCGAGCUGGUAUGUUGGUCAAUAUUAAGAAAUCGAUGUCGAUGACUAUCCUGGCUAAUCGAAAGGUGGGUAACCCCGCCUUGGCACAAAAUGUUUACCGUCUAGUGAAGGAGUCUCUACCAUUGGUGGAAGCAAAUAUGGUAGUCCGGUAA